CUCCAACAUUUCCUUCAAAGAAUAUACUUUUUCAAAAAGUUACGAAGAAACAACAUCGUGGGAGCACAAAGCUGUAGUUGUGCUUACAAAAAGAUGUGAUGGUCACGGCUGGAAUGCCUCUGAUUUUAUUGUUGAACUGAGAUUAAAUACAACUGGAAUAUAUCUAUCUAAAUUGAUAAGAGAAGCUAGAAGCAAACAGGUUGCAUAAGGGGCGUAACUCUUUACAUAGGAAAAUAGAGUCACUUACCUUGACAUAAACUCUUUUAAAGAAAGACAAAGAAAAAUACUUGUUUAUAAGUAGACAACGAAAAUGGCGCGAAUUCAGGGACAGCAUGACACAUACACACACACAUACAUAAACACACGUUUAUGCAUACACAUUUAUACAUUCAAAGAGAAACUGUUACGAAGUGAAAGGGCGAGAAAAAAAAUAUACAAGAAAAGCACUAACAUUGCGCGCUCUUUAAAAUGGCUGAAACGAAUGGUGUUCAUAGCACGAUGAAUGGCAUUAAACUGAAUAUGAUUGUGGCUAUGUGUAAGAACAGAGGCAUCGGUUGUAAGAACAAAAUACCUUGGAGAUUAAAGAAAGAGAUGGCUUUCUUCUCCUUCAUUACUAAAAAGUCAGAAGAUCCAGACAAGCAAAAUGUAGUGGUAAUGGGCCGGAAGACCUAUGAAGGAAUUCCAAAGAAAUUCUUUCCACUCGCUAACAGAAUCAACAUUGUUCUCAGCAAAAGCAUGCCCAAUGCUCCUGAAGGAGCUCACCUUGCCAGAGAUUUAAAAGAAGCUAUCGAUUUAUUCCAAAAUGGUUCCAUCAAAGAUAAAGUGAACAAGCUUUUUAUUAUUGGUGGCAGCGGAGUGUACCAAGAAGUUCUCGAAUCAAACUACGACAUCCGACUUUAUCUCACCAGAAUACAUGCAGACUUCGAUGUUGAUGUGUUUUUCCCAGAGUUUGAAUCCAAACAAUACAAGGAACUCAACAAUGUUGAAGAUGUUCCAAGUGAAGAACAAGAGGAAAAUGGUAUUAAAUGGACCUACCAUGUGUAUGAAAGAUGCUAACCUUUCUUCCACUAAAUUAACAAUAUUGAGAUUUAUAUUUAUCAUUACCAAUAAACAACUUCAUUGCUC